GCGGGGCUAUGGUGAAGGUUGAUUGAGAGCUCACCGUUAGUACAUGUACUCUGAUUUUACACACCAGCAAGAAAAUACGUUUUCAGAAGAACCCGAAUAACCUCUGGAAAUUUGCUACAACCGAACGAGAGUAUAUGAACCCUCCGCUGGAUAUAAGUAAGUUAAGGAGGAAGCUGCCGUCUCGACUCAUGUCCUGUUUAUUGUAGUAGAUUAGCUUCGACUUUACGCAAUCGUGGUGAUCAUGGCUCGGUUCGGUCGAGGCGGGUUUUUGAGACGCUGAAGCUCGGGAAGGCGCUGGAGGAGGAGGCGAGAGGAGCCACGGCCGCCGCGGACAGCCGCUGAAAUGAGAUGAGGCUCAGAAAUGGAACUGUUGCCACUGCCCUCAUCUUUUUCACCUCUUUCCUCAGUCUUUCAUGGUACACCGCCUGGCAGAACGGAAAGGAGAAGUUGGUAGCAUAUCAACGGGAGUUUCAUGCUCUGCGUGAGCGUCUGCGUGCAGCUGAGCACCGAACCCUGCAGCGCUCCUCCGAGCUGAACACCGUCCUGGAACAGUUCCGGCGUGCCAUUGCAGAGACCAAUGGCAGCAAAGAUGCCCUCACCAACUUCUCAGAUGAGACCCAGAAACUACUGAAAGACCUGGCACAAAGGAAACCCCUUCAAGUGCCAAAUAUCUUCCACCACUUGCCUCACCUGCUAAACAAUGAGGGUGGUCUUCACCCUGCAGUGCAAGUGGGCCAGGGGCGCACAGGAGUUUCUGUGGUAAUGGGGAUCCCUACCGUCAAGCGGCAGGUGAAGUCGUACUUGGCGGAGACUUUACAUUCACUCAUUGACAAACUCACGCCUGAAGAGAAGCUUGACUGUGUGAUCAUAGUCUUCAUAGGGGAGACGGACAUGAAUCAUGUGCAUCAUGUUGUCUCAGGCCUUGAGAAAGAAUUUUCUACAGAGCUAAAUUCAGGGCUGUUGGAGGUCAUCUCCCCUCCUGCCAGUUACUAUCCAGACCUCAACAACCUCAAAGAGACAUUUGGGGACUCCAAAGAGAGAGUGAAGUGGAGAACAAAGCAGAACUUGGACUAUUCAUUCCUCAUGAUGUAUGCUGUCAGCAGAGGAGUUUAUUAUGUCCAGUUAGAAGAUGAUAUUGUCGCAAAGCCCAACUACUUUGCCACUAUGAAAAACUUUGCCAUGCAGCUGGCCUCUGAAGACUGGAUGAUCCUGGAGUUUUCCCAGCUAGGUUUCAUUGGUAAGAUGUUCCAGGCUCCUGACCUGAAUCUCAUAGUAGAGUUCAUAUUUAUGUUCUACAAGGAGAAGCCCAUUGAUUGGCUGUUGGACCACAUUCUAUGGGUGAAAGUUUGCAACCCUGAGAAAGAUGCCAAACACUGUGAGAGACAGAAGUCCAGUCUGCGGAUUCGCUUUAGACCAUCUUUAUUCCAGCAUGUGGGCCUGCACUCUUCGCUUGCAGGGAAAAUCCAGAAGCUGACGGAUAAAGACUUCCUGAAGCCUCUGCUGCAUAAGAUCCAUGUUAAUCCACCAGCAGAAGUGUCCACCUCUCUAAAGGUGUAUCAGGGCCACACUCUGGAGAAGACCUACAUGGGCGAGGAUUUCUUCUGGGCCAUUACCCCCAUGGCAGGAGACUAUGUUCUCUUUAAGUUUGACCGUCCAGUCAGCAUAGAACGGUUCCUGUUCCGCAGUGGAAAUCAAGAGCACCCAGGGGAUAAAAUCGAGAACACCACAGUGGAGAUUAUGCCGUUCCCGGACUCAGAAAUGAAGACCAAAGAGAAGUACAAACACACCGAUGACAAUUUUUACAAAAUCGGUGAGUUCGAGAAUGGAGUGGCUGAGGGCAAAGUGGACCUUGCCCUUAACCCUGUGGCUGCUUUGCGUCUCAUGGUCAUGAAGGACUCUGCGGUGUGGGCAAUUAUCAGUGAGAUUCACAUAAAGAGACUUGCUGGAUAGUUGUGUGUAGGUCUUCACCAUUCCUGCUCCCAUGAGGCCAAGCUGUACUGUAAAGGCCCUUGCAGGGAUUUUAAUGCAGUGACAUCAUCGAAGUGCAUGGACGCUACCAGUCAGAGUGUCACUUUAUGGAUUGCUGGCUUAAUCUCUUUUCAUCCCUUUAUAUUUCUCUUCAAAUUUCUCCAAAUUUUUUUUUUUUUUUUUUUUUUUUUUUUUUUUUAAGGAUUUGAUGUUCAUAAAGACAAUUUCCUUCAUGUUUUUUGGGCAUCAGUGUGAAUACUACUGUAUAAAAGAUGCUUUCUGAAGGAACUAAACCAGACACUGAAGCUUGAGCCUUGACUAAUUGUGUUUAUCUAAUAGAAAGUUGGUGUUUGUCGGACUGUUGGCUGUCAUUCUUCUUCCCCUGAAGGAGAAAUAUUAUAUGUACUGACUCCUCGUGGACAUGCCAUUCAUGAUCAGUGAAACAAGGCAAACAUAUUUUGGUGUAUUUUGUUUUACUUUAAUUCUUUUUAAAUGUUUGUGUAUAUUUUACAAAAGUUUAUCAGGAUUUUUUUUGUUUUGUUUUUUGAUUAAAAAGUGGAUAAAGAUGUUGCUUACUUGAGUUUUAACAGUACAGGGAUAUGGCACUCAGUUUUAACUCAUUCCAUUAUGUUCAAGAAACAAUGACUACUUUUGCCAAAAUGCUUUUGAAAGGAAUUUGUAUAAAAAAAAAAAUAAAAAAAAACACAAAACCCACAGUGCAGGACUCCUGUACAACAGGAUGCUCUCCCUGCCCUUUUCCCCCCUAACAAUGUCAAAAGAUAUAAAACCAAUCAACAUUUGCCUUUCAUAGGAAGGGACACACUUAUUUUGACGAUCUAUAAAGGUGAUUUAACUUAUUUGAAAUAAAUGUUUAAUUUGUACAAGAGAGUUUUUUUUUAAUUAUUAUUAUAUUUUAUGCUGUGAAAAGUUUAUGAUUCAGAUGACGUAAAUAAUUUUGGUAAAUAUUUGAAGUGUGUGUGUGUGUAUAAAGAAAUUAUAUACAUUAUAUAUAUAUAUAUAUAUAUAUAUAUAUAUAUAUAUAUAUAUAUAUAUAUAUAUAUAUAUAUAUAUAUAAUGCUUUAAAAUUGAGUGAAGGUGAGGAAUUGGGGUCAUGGCAGUUUUUCCUCUAUAUAGUUGCAAAGGGUGCAGGUCCCCGCCCCACGUUGUGCCUUAUUGUGUAGAAUGGGAAGGCUCUCUGUCAGAUACGUACCCUGUUUUAUACAAGAGUAACUCUGGCAAGAGGCUCCAAAUACCAUCCUUGAAAAUCCUCUAUUUUUAUUAUUAUCAUUAUUAUUAUUAUUAUUAUUAUUAUUAUUAUUAUUAUUAUUCUGCACCUAGUCCAUGUUAUGAUGGCUGCUUAUCUGUCAGAUUUUUGGAGAACUGCAAUAGAACAAAGUGUAGAUUUACUAAGGAUAAAAAGGACUAGAAUCUGAGGUUUUCUUACCCACUCUUCUGUGCUUAGCACAUCGUUCUGUACAUAGUCCAUAUGCUACAAUGACUAUCAAAUAUUUAUCAUUUUCUUGUCCAUGUUGGUUCACUGCCAUCUUGUCUGUUUUAAGAAGGGAAAUACAAAAACCAUAGAAUUAUGAUGGAUGGAACAUUCAUUGGUGUUUGCCCACUGUUGUGUAUGAACUCUGGCACACUGAGGAUUUAAUGUAGAGAGAGUAGUAGCAAUUUAUGUGCAGUAUUUAUGUGCAGUAAAUUGUCACUGAAAAAUGGUUCCGUCUGUUGAGUUCUAUGGCUUUUGACUUUUUGCUGAAAAUGUGCUCUCAUCUCAUUUGAUUGUAUAUAUCUUUUAGAGUUGUUGUUUGAAUAUGAUUUGACCUGGAGAAAUCCUGUCAUUUACUGUUUUGCACCAAUGAAAUCAUGUAACCUGUAAGUGUGUCAAACAUAUCACCUUCACUUACAAAAGCAUAUCAUCUGCUUGGGAUAGACCGAACAAGUGAAAUGUGCUGGAAAUGUGUCUGUAUGUAUAUAUUUGUUUACAUGUUUGUUUUUUUAAACAUGUGAUCUUGCUUGGCUCUGGAAACAUAAACUCCUAAAUGAGCACAUGCAACAGUCUACUCAGAGAAUGUGUUGUUUGAAAUACUGCCCAGUUUGUGUUGUUUGAGAACAAACUAGACUAAAGGUUCAAUAGCAUGCCAUAGCAAUGACAUCUGACCAGACAGUUUAGGGUUACUGCUGUUUUGUCUUAAUUAAUGUCAGAAUUCUUGUACAUAGUUGCUUUUGUAUAGAAUGAUGAUUCAAUUCUCAGGAGGCUGAAUAAAAUCCGCCACUUAGUCUAAAGUUUAAACGUACCCACACUGGGUAGAAGGAAAAAAAAUCCCCUUGUCUGGUGCAUCCCAGCUUUUCAUGUGCCUUCAUGUGUGCAUCGUUUCAAGAUUUAAAUGGAGAUUACAGAAAUAAAUUAAACCUGACAUAAUUUAA